AGUGCAACAUUGUAGAUGCAAACCACCAGUAAACCGAAGAAGAAGAAGGAAUUGGGGUCCGCCAAGGUCCACCUUGUUUCGGGAGACAGAAACACCAUAACAGUCAGAGCUCAUGUGUGUUUGACAACAAUACGGCAGCUCAUAGAAACCAAGAUGAUACCAUGCAUCGGUGUACACAGGAGCCUGGCGUGUUUGCAUCGUGCUGUGGGUGGAGUUCGGUGGAAAAGCAGCUUUAGACCAGCCCCUCUAUUGACAGCUGCUCCUGCUCGUGCCCUCAUAGAUGAACUGAUCAGCAUUAAAGGACGUUUCCUGCCCCCACACAGUCCUGUCACAGUGUGUACACAAAUGCACAGUGAUGAUGGUGACCUGUGGGAGGCAUUCGCCCAUUAUAACACAAAUUCAGAUGGCACUGUCAACUUGACCAGGGAUCAUUCAGUCGGGGGUUCAUAUUUGGGCUGUGAGCCAAUGGGACUGUUCUGGGGACUGCAGCCGGCUCCUGGUUCAAGAGAAGGUUUAAGGCUGAGAAAGAAAAAUGUAGAGACUCCAUACGUAGUGCUCAUGUCCUUACUGGAGGGCCACGUUUCACCCAGUGAGAGACAGAGCACCGAGCUGGCUGCUGUAACUACUGAGCGCUGGUACAUGGCACCUGGUGUCAGAGAAAAGAUUCGCCAGGAUGGAGUUGUCGGGACGUUGUUUUUACCUCCCGGCCCUGGCCCAUUUCCAGCCAUGCUGGACUUGUGGGGAAUAGGUGGAGGACUGGAGGAGUACCGCUCCGCCCUUUUUGCAUCCAGGGGCUAUGCUAGCUUGUCCCUUGCCUACUUCAAUCACAAAGAUUUGCCUGGCCCACAAAGCAGAAUCAAUGUUGGUGAAUCAUAUUUCAAAUCAGCAUUCCACCUCCUUCAAGAUCAUCCUCAGGUCUGUGCCGACAGAAUUGGGAUCAUCGGUUCCUCCUAUGGAGUCUACUUGACUCUUCGAAUGGCCACUCAGACUGGUGUCAAACCAUUCUGUUUGAUUUGUAUCAACGGCCCAGUAGGAAGCACCAUCAAGCUCUCAGAUCCAGAUGGCAGGACUGUAGACGUUGAUAGUAACAAGAAAUAUAGGACGUAUGAUGAUGAAGGCUAUGUGAGUUUCAAAGACAUCACCUUGCCUGCAAACCUUAAUCCUAAGGGCAAAGUGAAGUUAGAGCAUAUCGCCCAUCCAUUGAUGUACAUAGUGGGUGAAGAUGACCAGAACGCUUCAAUCAUAGAGAACGCAGACGUGAUCGAGGAGACCCUGAAGGCUGCGGGAAAAUCCCAUCUGUUCACCCGUGUGUCGUACCCCGGUGCUGGUCACCUGAUUGAACCACCUUACACACCACACUCAAGAGCGUCCCUGUGGAGUGUCAAACCCAAAAAAAUGUUCACUCUGUGGGGAGGUCACCCUGCACCCCACGCUGCUGCCCAGGAAGAUGCCUGGAAAAAGAUCCUGGAUUUUAUGGAAACUUAUCUGAGAGGAUGAAUCUUGACAUUAAAAAUAUCUCAUCACAGAUGGGUUUGAGAAAGGCUUGAAUGUUGGUGGUGUAUGAAAAGGAGACUGUUUGCCUUGCCUGGGUCAAGUGUUUUAAGGAGUAUAAACGUGCACUCUCAGCUGCUAUGACAGCAUGUUUUUCUUAGCUGAGUAACAUCAAUAAAAAUAAUCCAGUUUCUGUUUGA